CUACGACAACUGCAGCUCCUACUACGACAACUGCAGCUCUUACUACGACAACUGCAGCUCUUACUACGACAACUGCAGCUCUUACUACGACAACCGCAGCUCUUACUAUGACAUCCGAAGCUCCUACAACCGCAGCUCCUACUACGACAACCGCAGCUCCUACUACGACAACCGCAGCUCCUACAACAGCAGCUCCUACUACGUCAACUGCAUCUCUUACUACGACAACUGCAUCUCUUACUACGACAACUGCAGCUCUUACUACGACAACCGCAGCUCUUAUUUCGACAACCGCAGCUCUUACUACGACAACCGAAGCUCCUACAACCGCAGCUCUUACUACGACAACCGAAGCUCCUACAACCGCAGCUCCUACUACGACAACCACAGCUCCUACUACGACAACCGCAGCUCCUACUACGACAACCGCAGCUCUUACUACGACAACCGAAGCUCCUACAACCGCAGCUCCUACUACGACAACCGCAGCUCCUACUACGACAAUCGCAGCUCCUACUACGACAACCGCAGCUCCUACUACAACAACCGCAGCUCCUACUACGACAACUGCAGCUCAUACUACGACAAUCGCAGUUCCUACAAGAGCCACAACUGCUGCUUCUAAUAUGACAACAACCGUUCAUAACACAACAAAGACAGCUCUUACUACGGCAAAAGCACUUCUAAGUACGACAACUAGUGUUCCUACAGCAACAACCGCAGCUCCAGCUAUGACAACCACAGCUCCUACUACGGCAACCACAGCUCCUACUACGGCAACCACGGCUCCUAAUAGAACAACCACAGCUCCUAAUACAACAUCCACAGCUCCUAAUACAGCAACUACAGCUCCUAAUACAACAACUACAGCUCCUAAUACAACAACUACAGCUCCUAAUACAACAACUACAGAUCCUACUACAACAACAAUACAUUCAGUUAAUUUCACAAUGGUACCUAAUUUCUCAAUGGUAGUUCUAACUAAAACAACUGCAACUCCUGCUACAACAUCCUCUACUGAGCUACCAAAAACUACACAAAUGAGCACUACAACUCCACCUGCCGGACAGUCAACCACGAAUAGUGGGCUUAGAUAUAAGUUAGUACUGAGGUUGAAAUUGGACAUGACGAGAUACCUAACCGAAUCUGAGAUCUUGAAGCAGCUUCAAGCAGAACUGAUCAGACAAGGGCUGCCAGAGACCUUUACACUGCGAUUGAGAAUCAUUCAGAGCUAGUUGACCGGGGGAAGAGGAGGACAACACUGGAGAUAAAACACAGACAGAUUAUAAUGCAAACGUGAUCACAAAGAUACCUUACAAUAGAUUGUCCUCAAUACUACAUUAUUACCACAUGACCUACGGUAACUAGACCUAAUGUAUUAGGCAACUAAAUUUCUACAGUGCCUUCCGAAAGUUCACACCCCUUGACGUUUCCCACAUUUUGUUGUGUUACAAAGUGGGAUUAAAAUGUGUUUAAAUGUAUUUUUUUGUCAAUGAUCUACACUAAAUAUAGUUGAAGAAAAAUUAUAAUAUUGUAAAAAAUGUAUACAUGAACAA